GUGUUGUGGGGAUUCCCCGAGGGAAGUUCCCAGCUCAUUGUAAAACAUGCAGAAUGUACAUUUGUAUGAAAUACUUCAUUUCCUCCCGUUAAACGCAGAAAUAAACCCUAGCAUCGUCGCCAUGUCCAAACUGCGUAGAAGUUUGUGUGUUUGGUCUGUUUUGGAGUGAAGAGUAUUUGUGCCUGCCUGGGACUGGAGCCCGGGACCGGCCCGUUCGGAAUGUUACUGAAGGCCCCGGGAUGGACAGGAACAUCAGUGACCAGCUCAACAAAGCCUUUGAAGCGUACCGAAAUGCAUCUAUUGAGAAAGAUCUUGCCAAAAAGGAACUUCAGCACAAGACGGAGCAGUAUCAGCGGCACACUUUGCAGUUGGAGAGAAAGAUAGAAGAACAAGAAAAGAUCAUUUCGCAUCUCAAAGCUCAACAGUGUUUACCUCACAAACAUGCCGCAGGGGAGUUGACAGUCAGUGAGACUGCGUACAGAAAACAGGAAGCGGAGAGCUCACCUAGGGAUCAUCACCUUGACAACCAAUCCACUUCCCACAGGACCAAUCAUUUCCUGAUGAACGACCCCACAGACCGUCCUGGAAUGCUUCCCCAUACGAUAUCAGCUGCUUGUGGAAUAAAGAGCGAGGACGUUCUGGGCGCUCUGCAGGAUAUUCAGGGGACUUUCCAGAGGAUUCAAACUUUAUCGAGACGGCAGAAAGAUCACCUGAAGAGAAUACACAACGGAAAGGAAACCACUAAUGAGCAGUUUUCCAUGCCCAUACAGUGCACCGAUGUCACUGGCGAACAGGCCGAGGUGUCCUUCUCCCCAGCACUGAGACCGGAGGUUUGUAGCGUCUCUGCUCCCCUCGCGUCACGCGGUGCUGAUCCAGACGACGGCAGAUUUGAUUCUCUACGAGAACUGAGCGUCAAGUUCCCUCCGAGCCACACCGAGUAUGAAUUUCUGAACAGUACGCCAGAUAAACGGAUAGAGCUGCCUGUGCUCGGGCCAGGCCUGGAAGGCCACAUACACCCUUUGAGGGAGGAGUCUUAUCCGUCAUAUCCCGUCCACUCUUCGCCCACUCACACGUCUGCAUCUUCAGCGUCGCUGGAAAAUGUACGAGGACCCCAACAGCCUUUUUGGACUCCAGACCUCCAGGACGCGUCGGGCCAGGCGUCGGGGACAGACGCUCAGCAGAUGAACAGCCGAGAGAAGUGUGCCUUUUGCAUGGAUGAUGUCCCCCCGAAUCACAUGUAUAGCCACCUCAAUUCACACUUCAAGAACAAAGCUGGCGAUUGACCCGUGCGGGCGAGGGGCCGCCAGCAGGACUGCAAGAGCCUUUAUUCUUGGCGUUUGUGGAGGAGCGCACUAUCCGUCAGAACAUAUUUUCUCACGUACUUUAGUGACACGACGGAGAGCGCAGGCCUUACACAGUCUUUUAUUUAAUUAGGAGAACUUGAAACAUUCAGCCUUUCCGACGACUGUCAGUUUACUACAAUAAACACGUGCUUCCUUUAAAGUCAUUUAAUAUGAUGUGGCAAUCGAAAAGACAUGCACAUGGCAGAGAAUUUCUUUCUUUUUGUACUCAUCUCAUGGUUUGCAAGUACUCUUUGUGUGAGUUCACUUCAACAGUCUUCUGACCGUUUUACCUUUAUACCACAGCCUGCGUUUAAAACAUACUUCCCUAACAUACUCACCUCUUAUCUUUGCUCUUCAUGUCUUAAAUUAAAAACAAAACAUGAACUUAUGGAGUAUUGUCAUAUUCUUACUGAUGUCAUGCAGUGUUUAAAGAAGAAUAACUCUCUGCCUAUUGCUUUAUUGUGAGAGUAACUGUGUACUCGGCCGUCUGUUGUUACCUCCCCUUUUCUCAAUUUACUUGAAUUCACAGGACCUGGGUCAGACCUUUUUUUGAGUAGACCAUACCACCAUCAGAGAGCCUGGGACAACGCUUCUUGUCCAUUUAGGUCACAUCCAAAAUCUGUUUUGUGGAAAGUAAGUGUCUAUGUUGCAUCACCUCACAUUUUAUUGUGUAUAUAGUAGCAUAUGUCUUACAAGCACGUUUAUGUAUGUCUUUAUUCCAUCCGCCAUUAAAAUGUAUGCAAUUUGUUA